ACUCAAAGAAGUCAUCGUCUUUCUGCCCGCCAGUGAUUCCUCCCCGAACCCGUCCAUCGCCCCGCCAGAAACCAGACUGUUUGUUAGUGCCUUGUCCCGUUUUAUGGAGCAUAACCAGUAAACUCGCCUACACUACACACAUACACCACACACGCAGCCAUGGCGACUCCCACCACCGGCGCCCCCCUGCCCACUGACUCGGAGCAGCUGGGCAGCGUCUCGUUCCGGCUCGAGAACCAGCGGCAGCAGACGCUGCGGCGCGCCGCCUUCCUGUACCUGUCCGGAUCGCGGCGGCACGGCGGCGGCCAGUACAACUACGGCGCCUUUGGCGAGACCGCCAUGGCCCGCCCCAUGCUGCUGGCCGACCUGAGGGCCCUGGCCGAGCUGCUGCAGCAGGCCCGCGACCUGGGCGCCGAUCGCCGCCUGCUUUGGCGCUGUCUGGCCGCCGCCCUCAUCUGCGUGCCGCUCCUGCUGCCGCCUUCGGUGUGGCAACACCCCAUCAUGAAGAACCCGUGGUUCAUCACGGCCGCCGUCAUCGGCUGCAUGGGCGUGCUGGCCCAGCUCGCCGUGCGCGAGCUCCUCCCGCAGGUCGCCAUCCGGCUGGAGAAGGCCGUCGUCCGGCUGGACGAGGUCAUCGUGGCCAACAAGCUCGAGGAGGACCCGGCCGGGACCCUCGAGGGGUGGCAGUGGCAGGCCAUGCGCUACAUCUGAGGCCCGGGCAGGAAAGAACAAAACGAAAACAUGAUCAUGAUGACGGCCUUUUCUUUUAUGUGUGUGUAUGUUUUUUUCCCCCUAGAAUCACGGUGUAUUCGCUACAGAAUGUGUAAACUACCCAGACAUACGAAUUUCCAACGGACAUAGCUUCACUUAGAGCACACCCGCAGUCCCGGGCGGAAGAGGCUCAAUUCGAAGCCGCAGCAAUUCCAGCUCCUGAAGCCGAAAUUUAAGAUACUUGACGGCGGCAGGCGCCGUCUCCACCUCGUUACUGGUGUACAGCUCCCAGAGCUGCUGCCCGCCAGGCCUGAACUCGGGGGUCCCGUCCCCGGCCACGCGGAUCCUAG